GAAACCAAAUCACUGCAGAAGGAAGAAAGCGCGCAAGGAUCUCUUUCCCAUCAGACGUGACGUCAUCAGAGUGCGCUGACAGCUCGUUUGUUUGGGUCCGAGAGGAGCGCUAGUGGCGCCAGACAAGGAUGCAGCAGCCCGUGGCCUCUCGGGACGAAGAAGAAGAGGAGCCGGAUCAAGGCAGCGUGGAACUCACUACCCUGCAGCCGGCAGAGACAGAUGGAGUCGGACAGUACCCGGCCGAGAUGGACUCCAGGGUGCUCUACUUUAACAUGGUUCCCGUGGAAUCCGUGGAGCCCGAGGAGGAGAACAGUGACCUGCUGGACAGUACAGCCAGCCCCGAGGAGCUAGAGGACGAGGAUAACUCUGGGGACAAUGAGAGUGUGGUGACCAAGUCGUGCACUUUCCAGGGCUGUCCGGAGACCACUAGUCAGGUGGCCAAGCAGAGGAAGCCGUGGAUGUGCAAGAAGCACCGCAACAAGAUGUACAAGGACAAGUACAAGAACAAGAAGAAGAACGACCAGGCCAUGAGCACUGCCAGCAAACUGGAGGACAGCCCAGAGUGCCCGAUCUCACUUACCAAACAAAGGUCUAAUUCCGUCGGGGAUCGACCUGCACGGCCAUCACUACUGGAACAAGUAUUAAACCAGAAGCGACUGUCACUGCUCAGAAGCCCAGAAGUCGUCCGCUUCCUGCAGACUCAGCAGCAGCUUCUCAGUCGCCAAGCAUUCGAGCAAAGACAGUCAUCCCAAGGCUCUUCCCAAUGAAUUUGCAAGAAGAGCACAGUUCCUUCUUCUUAUCAUUCAUAAGCCGGGGCUUCCAGCACUAAAACUUUUUAUUUAUUGGUUUGGAUCAGAAUUUUAUACAUUUCUGUGCACAUUGAAUUACAAAUGGUAAAAGAGUUGGUUCUGGUGGCGCCAUGCACACGUGUUACACAGUGAAACAGUUCAUUGUCUCUACUGAUACUGAUAUUGCAGCAAUAUUCCCCCCAAUGAACCAAUUCUUUCUCGAUCAACUUCUGCAUUUGUGUCCUGGAACAUUCAGAGGUAAAAGCCAAUCAGUGAUGUCGUACUUUAUACCUUUUGCAUCAACACGUUUUGUAACCAAUGAGUUUUGUAACUUUUGGAUCUCAUUCUGUUUUACUUUUUUAUAUGUUUUAAUAUGGAUUUGUUUGUUUUACUCUGUUUUUUUAAUAUUCAAUGCAUACCUCCCAACUGUCCCGUUUUUAGAGGGACAGUCCCUCUUUUGACAGCUCAACCCACACUCCCUCGUUUUUAAAAAGAAAAAAAGUUUCUGACUUAAAGGGGUGGUUCACCUUUAAGUAAACGUUUAGUAUUUAAUAUAAAGGCCAGUUCCAAGCAA